ACAUGUAACAACAACAGACUUGAAACGCGAGCUAGCACUGGCAUCGAAAUACUCUUUUGAAUCCCAAAACCUGGCAGAAACCUUUAGAACCGGGCUCGAAUGCAAUUCAAGUUUUUUGUCUGAGCUCGCAUGCUGUAGUUGUGAUGCAUUUUUAACGAACCCGCAAUUGCACGUCUACGUCUUUUGACGUAUGACGUAAAUAAAAGCAGAAGGUGCAUUUCUUACAGCGUGGGUUUACGGGGGCGUCACGUGACCCACUAAUUCCGCGUUCCCGACGCCCGGGAUGCUGUCUCCGGCUGUGCAUGGAGGUGCGCCCGGCUUUGCCUAAGCCAUCCUAGCCACUAUUCCUCCCCUACCAUCGAUGCGGCAUUGACCGAGCGAGCGCGCGGGCGGGCGGCUUCUCUUUGUGCCGUCGAGGACUGUCGUCGAGCGGCGCGGCCGAGCUGGGGGGCAAUCCGGGGAAAGGGAGCCGCGGCGCCGCGCAUCGGCCGCCCGACACUCCGCCGCCGCGGCGCACCACCAACAUGCUGACUCGGGUCAAGUCGGCGGUGGCCGGCUUCAUGGGGGGAAUCAUGACCGGCGGCGGUUCCGGCGGAGGAGGCAGCCCCGGUUCGGAUCUGCCGCUCAAAUUCCCCUAUAUGAGGCCGGAGUUCCUCGGGCUCUCCCCGGAUGAGAUCGAGUGCUCGGCGGAUCACAUUGCCCGGCCCAUCCUCAUCCUGAAGGAGACCAGGAGAUUACCGUGGGCCACCGGAUACGCAGAAGUGAUUAAUGCCGGAAAGAGCGCUCUGAACGAGGACCAGGCUUGCUGCGAGGUGGUGGUGGUGAGGCGGCGGCCCAUUAGCUACUUCCCGCCCCCGACGCCCAGCAAGACCCCCACGGCCAAGAGGCGCAACUCCCUUCCCAACGGCGAUGGCCUGCGCUUGGAGCAAAGCAAGCUUGGGGAGGACAACGAGGGACUCGUGUUCCACUACUGGGCCUUGUUCGACGGCCACGCCGGUUCCGGCGCGGCGGUCGUGGCCUCCCGCCUGCUCCAGCACCACAUCGCCUGUCAGCUCCAGGCCGUCAUGGAGAUUCUGCACAACCUGGCCUGCCUGCCGCCCACCGUCCUGGGCGAGGAGCCCGACGGUAACCCCUGCCUGCCGGGCAACACGCCGGGCCACCAGCAGCGCUCCCUGACCAGGGCGGCGUCGCUGCGGGGUGAUGCGGCCGGGGCGCCGGGCUCGCCCAGCAGCACGCCGCCGCCGCCGCGCUUCUUUGCCGAGAAGAAGAUCCAGCACGAGAGUUUAGUGGUCGGAGCCGUGGAGAACGCCUUCAAAGAGAUGGAUGCGCAGAUUGAGAGGGAGAAGCAGGGCUACAACAUCACAGGAGGAUGCACGGCUCUGGCGGCGGUCUACAUGCUGGGGAAGCUCUACGUGGGCAACGCGGGCGACAGCAGGGCCAUCAUCAUCAGGAACAAUGAGAUCGUUCCGAUGUCGACGGAGUUCACGCCGGAAUCUGAACGACGGAGACUACAAUUCUUGGGUUUCAUGCAGCCACACCUGCUGGGGAACGAGUUCACACACCUGGAGUUCCCACGCAGGGUCCAGCGGAAGGAGGUCGGGAAGAGGAUGCUCUACAGGGACUUCACCAUGAACGGGUGGGCGUACAAGACCAUCGAGGACGACGAUCUCAAAUUUCCGCUCAUAUACGGGGAAGGCAAAAAGGCUCGGGUGUUGGCCACCAUCGGCGUGACGCGCGGGCUCGGCGACCACGACCUCAAAGUUCACGACUCCAACAUCUACAUCAAGCCCUUCAUGUCCUGCCUCCCCGAAGUGAAGGUGUACAACCUCACGCAGUACGAGCACGGCGCAGACGACGUCCUGGUGAUGGGCACCGAUGGCCUCUGGGACGUCCUGUCCAACCAGGAAGUCGCCGAGGCCGUUUCCACUUUCCUCGCUAACUGUGAUCCAGAUGACCUUCACAGGUAUACCAUGGCGGCGCAAGAUUUGGUGAUGCGAGCCCGCGGCGUGCUGAGGGAUCGAGGCUGGAGGAUCACCAACGAGCGCCUGGGCUCCGGGGACGACAUCUCCGUCUUCAUCAUCCCGCUGAUGUACGGCAACCGUCAGCCCUGAGGGAGGCGGGGGGGCUCAUGGCGCACCUUUCAAAAGUCCCCCCCCCCCCUGGAUCCUUUUUGCACAUGUUUCUGUUGGGAGUGAUAAGCCACAAGGAAAAAAAAAAAUUGCGCUGCAAACGGGAGCUCGUUGUCCCGGUUAGGGCCACAAAAAUGGCCGACAAGAGACUC